GCGGCCUUUAAUCUUAUUAUUCCUAAACUGCCCUCCUCACUUUAAAUGCUCAGCUCUGCCGUGCCCAUUGUUGAACCCUCGCCGAUGGAAGGCUACUCGAGUGCUUUCCUUGAGAAAGAAGCAGCAGCUCAAGCGGAGUUUGAAGGAGACGAAGGAGGCGAGCAUGAUCCCGAGAGCAACUCUCUGCGGAAUCCCCUGCUCAAGAGAACCCCGACGCUCACCUCCAGCCAGUACGCGGUGGUCGGAGCUAAGGUGUCGCACAUUGAGAGCUUGGACUACGAGAUCAAUGAGAAUGAUCUGUUCAAGCAUGACUGGAGGAGCAGAUCCAGCGGCGAGGUGUUGCAGUACAUCUUCUUAAAGUGGACGCUCGCCUUCCUCGUCGGCCUCCUCACGGGAGUCAUUGCGUCUCUCAUCAACCUCGCCAUCGAGAACAUAGCAGGCAUCAAGAUCCUCUACUUGGCUCGGUUUGUGAAGGACAAAAGGUACGUGACUGGCUUCGUCUAUUUGACAGGGGUAAAUCUUGCUCUGACGAUGGUCGCUGCAUCUCUGUGCGUGGUGUUUGCUCCCACCGCUGCAGGUCCAGGAAUACCGGAGAUCAAAGCUUAUCUCAACGGAGUCGAUACCCCCAAUAUGUUUGGGGCUUCCACGCUAUUUGUCAAGAUCAUCGGCAGCAUUGGAUCAGUGUCUGCGGGGCUGGAUCUGGGGAAAGAAGGGCCUCUGGUGCACAUCGGAAGCUGCAUUGCGUCCCUGCUCAGCCAAGGCGGAUCCGAGUCCGACGACUAUCGGCUCAAGCGCAAGUGGCUCCGUUUCUUCAAUAACGACCGGGACCGAAGGGAUCUGAUCACCUGCGGGGCCUCCUCUGGCGUCUGCGCCGCCUUCCGCUCUCCGGUGGGGGGCGUCCUCUUCUCCCUAGAGGAGGUGGCCACGUGGUGGAGGAGCGCCCUGCUGUGGCGGACCUUCUUCAGCACGGCCGUGGUGGUGGUGGUGCUCCGGGGGUUCAUCGAGUACUGCAACUCUGGGCGGUGCGGGCUGUUCGGCCGCGGCGGCCUCAUCCUCUUCGAUGUCAGCGAUGUCAAGGUGUCGUACCAUGUCAACGACCUGCUUCUGGUGGCGCUUGUGGGUGUCCUGGGGGGAUUGCUGGGGAGUGCCUACAAUUUUGUCCUCCACAAAGUUCUGAUUCUUUACGGCCGGAUCAACGAGAGAGGGAGAAUGGCGAAGCUGGUGCUGAGUCUCAGCGUCUCGCUCUUCACCUCCAUCUGCCUCUACGGCCUGCCGUUCUUGGCGCCGUGCACGCCCUGCGACGGCUCGGCGGAGGUAGUGUGCCCGACGCCGGAGGGCAGCGGCAACUUCAAGCAAUUCAAUUGCCCCAGCGGGCACUACAACGACCUGGCCAGCCUCCUCUACGCCACCAACGACGACGCCGUCCGCAACAUCUUCUCCUCCUCCACCCCUUCCGAGUUCCGCUUGCUCUCUCUCCUCAUCUUCUUCGCGCUCUACUGCGUCCUCGGCCUCGUCACCUUCGGCAUCGCCGUCCCCUCCGGCCUCUUCCUUCCCAUCAUCCUCAUGGGCUCCGCCUACGGCCGCCUGCUAGCCCUCGCCCUCCAAAGCUACAUCCACAUCGAUCACGGCCUCUAUGCCGUGCUCGGCGCCGCCGCCCUCAUGUCCGGCUCCAUGCGGAUGACCGUCUCCCUCUGCGUCAUCUUCCUCGAGCUCACCAACAACCUCCUCCUCCUCCCCAUCACCAUGUUCGUGCUCCUCAUCGCCAAGACCGUGGGCGACUCCAUUAACCCCAGCAUAUACGAGAUCAUCCUCGACCUCAAGGGGCUGCCGUUCCUGGAAGCGUCCAAGGACCCGUGGAUGAGGAAUUUGACCGUGGCCGAGCUCGCGGCGGCCAAGCCCGCCGUCGUCAGCCUCGAAAGCGUCGAGAAGGUUGCCCGGAUCGUCGAGGUGUUAAAGCACACCGGACACAAUGGCUUCCCCGUGGUGAACUGGCCCGAGGGUUCGGCGGAGCUGCACGGGCUGGUGCUGAGGUCGCACCUGGUGGCGGUGCUAAGGAAGAAAUGGUUCCUGAAGGAGAGGAGACGGAGCGCGGAGUGGGAGGUGAGGGAGAGGUUUACGUCCGUGGACCUGGCGAAGAAGGGGGUGACGUUGGAGCAGGUGGCCAUCAGCGAGGAGGAGCUGGAAAUGUACGUGGACCUCCAUCCUUUCACCAACACCACGCCCUACACAGUGGUGGAGAGCAUGUCCGUGGCCAAGGCGCUCGUGCUCUUCCGCCAGGUGGGCUUGCGCCAUUUACUGAUAAUUCCCAAGUACCAGGGAGCUGGGAUUUCUCCCAUCGUAGGAAUCCUGACAAGGCAGGAUCUCAGAGCCCACAACAUUCUGGCUGCUUUCCCGCAUUUAGCGAACAAAAAACACAAAUGAAUAAGAUAAUGUUCACAUUUCGUCAAGCAUGAUCACACAAAAUUUCACCGCGGUUACGGAAGAAUGAUACAAGAAACGGCAGUGUUUUGGUUUCUUUUUCGAGUUUCUGAUUGUUUCAUGAAUUAUAUCCCCCACUAUCUUUAUGAAUAAAAAUAAUGUCUUUGUGCACAAAUUCUAAAUUCACAGAGUUCGUUUAUCCUUUUA